GCCUUUCUUUGGGAAGGCCUCCCUUAGUAGAAGAUGUUGGAGAAGAGCUUGACCCAGCACUGGAUAAUGUUUUGGAAAGAAACAUCAUUAAAACAGGUUCAGCUAACAAGGUGAAAGUUGGUGAUAAGGAAGUAGAAGUUAUGGAUGGCUUCAGACUUUACAUUACUACAAAACUGUCAAAUCCGUGUUACUCUCCUGAAAUCAGUGCUCGAACCUCCAUAAUUGACUUUACUGUGACGAUGAAAGGUCUUGAAAAUCAACUCUUAGGCAGAGUCAUUCUCACAGAGAAACAGGAAUUAGAGAAAGAAAGAACUGAUCUUAUUGAAGAUGUGACUAUGAACAAAAGGAGGAUUAAGGACCUAGAAGAUAACCUUUUGUUCCGACUUACAAGCACUAAAAGUUCUCUGGCAGAUGAUGAGAGUCUACUAAUUGUAUUGACUGACACUAAGAAGACUGCUGAAGAAGUAACAGAGAAACUGCAAACUUCUGCUGAAACUGAAAUACAGAUCAACUCAGCCCGUGAAGAGUAUAGACCUGUUGCAACUCGAGGAAGCAUCUUGUACUUCCUUAUUACUGAGAUGAGCAUGGUCAAUGUCAUGUAUCAGACUUCGCUUCGGCAGUUUUUGUGGCUUUUUGACCGCUCCCUGGCCAGGUCUACCAAGAGCCCUAUAACCAGCAAGAGGAUUACUAAUAUUAUUGAAUAUAUGACAUAUGAAGUGUUCAAAUAUACUGCUCGAGGACUCUAUGAGGAGCAUAAAUUUCUCUUCACAUUAUUGCUUACUUUGAAGAUUGAUAUACAAAGAAACAGAGUGAAGCACGAAGAAUUUCUGACACUUAUUAAAGGUGGUGCUUCUCUAGACCUUAAAGCUUGUCCUCCUAAGCCAGCUAAAUGGAUUCUGGAUAUGACUUGGCUGAACUUGGUGGAGCUCAGUAAACUUGAACAAUUUUCAGAUAUUCUUGAUCAAAUUUCCAGUGAAGAGAAACAGUGGAAAAUCUGGUUUGAUAGUAAGAAUCCCGAAGAAGAAUUGGUUCCCAGUGGCUAUGGUCAAUCUCUGGACUGCUUCAGACAUCUUCUUCUUAUCAGAUCGUGGUGUCCUGACAGGACCAUAGCUCAGGUACUUUUAUAUAGCCAACAUGGUCUAUUUAGGUAUCACUAGAAUAAAUAGUUACCA